AUAUUCAGUGAGAUGCAGGCGGAGGAGGACAAGGCAAAUGGCGGCAACUACUACCGGACCCUCGUACCCGACUCUCACUUUAUAUGGGCCGGAGCCAGCGGGGCCCAGUUCACCUGGGCGGUAGUCCUGUACCGGAAAGGUUCCGGCCCCCACUCCACUUCCAUGCCAUUCCGGGCUUUCCUUGUCGCUUCCCUAAUCGUCGGCGCCGGCGCCACCGCCGCCUUUGCUGGCAUACGUGCCUCCGGUAUCCACAAGGUGGAGGACCUAAUUCGGUUGGGUGCAAACAUAAGAACUGGCCUCGGUGUGCAACGGAGGGCAAGGGAUGAAUAAAACUGUUAUUUUUUGGUGUAGAAUCUUUAGGAUUCGGAUUCUAUUUUACAAAACCAACUGUUGGGGUGGACUUUCAUCUAGAUUUUGUUUUUGCUUUUGUCACUCGAUUAAUCCCAUCAAACCAUCCAUUAUGACUUCACUGUUUAUAAUCUGCAAUGUCAUGGCAGUCAUGCACAAGGGAACUUCCCAUGG